UCAUUUGUCCUUUGUUCGUUUCAAAUAAAAAAUAAUACACCCUAGACUUUCAACAUGCCUCUUGCCCUUGCAACCGCGCGCGUGCUCCUAUCUACUUUGCGGCGGCAGACACACCGCAGAGCGAUGGCAGGCAGCAGACAGUGUCAAGGACUGGUUCCAAACCAACACCACAUUACAAAUAGCCGUCAAUACAACAGCAGCGGGUUCUUUUCAGCUCUGCUGCAGACUGCAAAGUCAAAGAACCCUAUCACUGCCGAAUGGCACGGGCAACCGACGCACGAAGGCCGGCCGGAUCUGGUGGCAAAGGACGAAGUGACACCGGGAAUCACUAAUAAAGAGUUCGAAGCCCGUCGCCAGAAGCUGGUUAACGGGUUGCCCCGCGGCAGCACCCUGUUUGCCUUUGGAUCUCGCAUGAUAUUUGUGUCACCGCAUGUGUUUCAUGAUUUUAGGCAAGAUUCGGAUUUUCACUACCUGACCGGCUGGAAUGAGCCCGAUUCGGUGGCUGUCAUCGAGAAGAGCGAGAACACGCAGCGCGGGUACACCAUGACUAUGUUUGUGAACCCGAAAGCACCUGAGAAGGAGCUGUGGGAGGGCCCGCGCAACGGGUUGGAGGCGGCGGUAUCGCUUUUUGGCGCUGACGAGGCCAGGCCCGUCAGCGAAUUCGGAAAAUACGCCGCAGAGCUGGCAGCCCGCAUCCAGAGGAGACCGGCCGACGAGGGCUACGUCUAUGCUGACUUGGACGCCAAGCACGGCAUUCCGCGCAGCAGCCAGUGCGACACGCUGAAGCAGCUACUGAAACGCGAGAGCAUGGGCUCGCGGAUCCGCAGGCUCACCCCACUGGUGCAGCAGCUGCGGCUGAUAAAGUCCGACGCCGAGAUACGGCUGAUGCGCGAGGCCGGCCGCGCGUGCCGCCCGGGCAUGUGUGAGUCUACACUGCAAGGCCUGUUUGAGCACUCGUGCAAGAUGGCCCUGGUCGGCGGGAGCGGAGACAAGGCCACCAGCGCGACGGCAGACCACUCAGCGCUUAUUCGGCCGGCAUAUGUGCCAGUAUUCGCGUCGGGUGAGCACGCACUGUGCAUGCACUACGUCCAGAAUUCGGCGCCAAUGCGCGACGGUGACCUGAUUCUGGUUGACGCCGGCACUGAGUAUGCCGCCUAUGCCUCCGACAUCACGCGCACAUUUCCAGUUAACGGCCGCUUCACUGACGCUCAACGCGACCUCUACAGCGCUCUUCUCAGCGUACAGCAGCAGAUGAUUUCGCUCUGCCGUGUGGACGCUGGUUACUCGCUCAACGAAAUCCACCGCCGCUCGACGGCCGUGAUGGCCACGGAGCUCAAGCAGAUAGGCUUCCACGUGUCGAGCCGCGACGUUGACGACCAUCUGUACCCGCACCACAUAUCGCACUACCUCGGCAUGGACGUUCACGACACUGUGGACAUUUCGCGCACUCAGCAGCUCAAGCGCAACAUGGUAGUCACUGUCGAACCUGGAAUAUACGUGCCAUACGACAACAGGUUUCCCAAGGCCUUCCAGGGAAUGGGCAUCCGCAUUGAGGACGACAUUGUCGUGGGGCAGACAGCAGAGGAUAUGGAGAACCUCUCGGCCUCUGUCCCCAAGACUAUCGAGGACAUCGAGGCAUGCGCGAACAGCUGAGGCAAACGCAGAGUGUCGGCCCUCUUUUCUACAUGCCCAAUGAAUA